GGGAACUUCCGGGGUCAAAAGGGACAGCUUCCGGCAAUUAGCGCCUCUGCCGCUCCCUCUUCGCCCAUUCCUCCUUUCACUUUGGGCCCCUCGGAGGCCAGUUUUUUAAAAAAUGGAACCUUGUUCCUGUGACACUUUUGUGGCACUACCUCCAGCAACAGUUAUUAACAGGAUUAUUUUUGGAAAAAAUUCAGAUAGACCCUGUGAUGAAGUACAGGAGGUAGUUUAUUUUCCUGCUGCAGUUCAUGACAACCUGAAGGAACAUCUUAAGUGUACUUACAUAGAAAUUGAUCAAGUUCCUGAAACAUAUGCUAUUGUCCUUAGUCGCCCAGCUUGGUUAUGGGGGGCAGAAAUGGGAGCCAAUGAGCAUGGAGUUUGCAUUGGGAAUGAAGCUGUAUGGGGAAGAGAAGAAGUUUGUGAUGAAGAGGCACUACUGGGCAUGGACCUUGUCAGACUUGGUCUUGAAAGAGCUGAUACAGCUGAAAAAGCCCUCAAUGUCAUUGUUGAUUUAUUAGAAAAAUAUGGCCAGGGUGGAAAUUGUUCAGAGGGCAGGAUGGUAUUUAGCUAUCACAACAGUUUCCUGAUAGCUGAUAGGAAUGAAGCCUGGGUUCUGGAGACUGCAGGGAAGUACUGGGCAGCAGAAAAAGUACAAGAGGGAGUUCGUAAUAUUUCUAAUCAGCUUUCUAUAACAACCAAGAUUGAUCGGGAACACCCAGACAUGAGAAGCUAUGCUAAGCAGAAAGGUUGGUGGGAUGGUAAAAAGGAGUUUGAUUUUGCUGCAACAUACUCUUAUCUUGACACAGCCAAGAUGAUGAUUUCUCCAGGCAGAUACUGUGAAGGCUACAAGCUUCUGAAUAAACAUAAAGGAAAUAUAACUUUUGAAACAAUGAUGGAAAUUCUCCGAGAUAAACCAAGUGGCAUUAAUAUGGAGGGAGAAUUCCUGACCACUGCAAGCAUGGUUUCUAUUUUACCUCAAGACUCCAACGUUCCUUGCAUCCACUUCUUUACAGGGACUCCUGAUCCUGAGAGAUCUGUUUUUAAGCCUUUCAUAUUUGUACCAAAUAUUUCACAACUAUUGGACACCAGUUCACCCACAUUUGAAGAUUCAGUUAAAAAGAAGCCACAGUUUAACAUUAAGCCUGACAGAAGACACCCACUCUACCAAAAACAUCAACAGGCCUUGGAAAUACUAGAUAAUAAAGAGGAAAAAGCCAAAACAAUGUUGGACAACAUGAGCAAACUGGAGAAGGAACUAUUCAAAGAGAUGGAAUCAAUCCUUCAAAACAAGCAUCUUGAUGUGGAUAAAAUUGUUAAUCUGUUUCCUCAGUGUACAAAAGAUGAAAUUAGAAUUUAUAAGCCAAAUAUUAGUUCUUAGUGAUCGCAUAAAUAGUCAGCAUCUUCCUCAAAAUUAGAAUCUGUUACCUUGGUAAAUAAUAUAAAUUAAAUUUGAGCAGAUCUGAUUAUUCUUUAAUAGCAUUCAAGUGAUAGCUUGGCUAUUAAAACUACAUGUAGCCUUGAUGAAAUAUUGAGAAAGAAAAUAACAUUGGAAUUGGACACAUAUAUCAUGGAUAGCCAGGUAUCACUUUAGGUACUGACUUGUAUUUUUUUUUUAGCCACAAUACCUUUUUAAAAAUCACAGUAAUUAAAUAUCCAAUUCUGCAUAAAGCAUGAAACAUUAAAAUAAUGUAUACAUUUAUUAUAAUUAUGUAUUGUCCUCAAAUAAUUUUCUCAGUUACAACAAGAAAGCAGAUUUUUCUUUAGUAAUGGAAAAUAUUGUCUCAACUAAUAAGUUUUUUGUGCUUUAGGCAAGUAUUAGCCAGCUCUAGCAAAAUUUUCUAGAUUUACACAUUGUCUUAUUCCAGUCUUUUAAUUAUGCAAAUGUUUUAUUAAACUCAAACAUGCUCUUUGUCAAGACUUAGCUGACCAGUGAGCUUUUAGCGCUAAUUAUCUAGCAUUUUUUCGCCCAUACCCCUUAACAGACUUUUAUGUUAAUAUUUUUAGAAGAGCUUUCCUGGGAGAUUAGGAAAUGGAAUAAGCCAAGACCUUAGGAGAUAUUAUUUUGGUGUCUCAAAUCUCUCUCAUCUUUUACUUCUGUUCAUUCAGUGAAAAUAGGAACAGGAGUGAGAUAGUGGUGAUGAAACAGAAAUAUUAGCAUAUUAUGAACAUUAAGAACGUUAUAAUGAAUAAUGUAUUAUGAACAUUAUAUAUGAAUAAUAAUACCUUUCCAAAGAUUAUAAAACUUUGUUAAAGUUACACAGGGAUUACCAAGUAAGACUCAAAGUUGGAAAUAUAAACAAAAGAAAAAUCUAACUCAAAAUAGCACUAUGUUUUUAUUGGUUUCUAGAAAUUUCCAUUUUAGGUGUUUGAUUGCAUUAUCAUAUUUAUUGGUCACUAUCACUGCAAUUAGGAUUAUUACUAAAAUAGUGGAUCAUUAUAUUUAAAGAGUCCUCAGAAAUUAUUUUUUAAAUUCUCUCAUAAAAAUCAUAAUCUGCCUUAUGGCUCUUGUCUAAUGCAGGGCUGCCAUUACAAAAGAAAACUGUAUCAAAUGCUCAGUUAAUUCUGGUUUGCCUUACAUAUAAUUCAGUGAUAGGUUCUUCCUAAAUCAUGAAGCCCCUUGGGCAACCCCCAAAUGCCCCCCCUCUCUUUUUUAAUAUGUGAGGAAACUAAGGGUAAGCAGUUCAUUGAUUUAUUUAGGCACAGAAACGUGCCUCUCUCUAGGGCCCGUGUGUUUUCACUUUCUCCUUUGACACCAUGCUAGACCAAACUAGCACCAAGCUCUCACCUGGACCACUGCAGUUAAGUUCUUCUGCACCCAUUUUUGCUCUUUAUCUUCAUCCACAUGGGUCACUGCAGCCAGAGUGGUCUAUUAAAAUUUUAAAUAUGUUCAUGAAUUUCCCUCCUAAAACUUUUUUAAAAAAAUAGACUUUAUUUUUAGAGCAGUUUUAGGCUUAAAGCAAAACUGAGCAGAAAGUACAGAGUUCCCACAUACCCCUGUUCCUCUAUCCUCCCCUCCACCAUCAACAUCCCACACCAGAAUGGUACAUUUGUUAUAACUGAUGAACCUACACUGACACAUCAUUAUCACCCAAAAUCCAGAGUUUACAUUAGGUUUCACUCAUUGUACAUUCUAUGGGUUUGGAUAAAUGUAUAAUGAUGUGUAUCUACAAUUAUAGUAUCAUACAGAACAGUUUUACUGCUCUAAAUAUCCUUUGUGCUCCACCUAUUCAUCCCUCCCUUCCCCUAACCCCUGGCAAUCAUCUUUUUACUGUUUCCACAGUUUUGGCUUUUCCAGAAUAUUGUGUAGGUAGAAUCAUACAGUAUGUAGCCUCCUUUUCAGAUUGGCUCUUUUACUUAGUAAUAUGCAUUUAAGUUUCCUCUAUGUCUUUUCAUGGCUUGAUAACUCAUUUAUUUCUAGUGAUGAAUAAUAUUCCACUGUCUGGAUACCCUGGUUGCUGAUAUCCACUACUGAAGGAUGUCUGGUUGCUUCUGUGUUUUGGCAAUUAUGAAUAAAGCUGCUAUAAAUAUC